GUGACUUCGGACAUACUACCUACUCAAGGCCGCACGAAAAUGAUUAGACGUAUUUUAACUGCUAAUCACUGGGGGUUUCAAUCUUAAAGGAGUAUCUAGAGGUGAAGAAACGUCCUCCUUGCUCGUGAUAUAGUGAUGGUCUCCGGACAUGGUUGCGCAACUUGCCGAUCCAGACAUAUCAAAUGCGAUCGGUCUCUCCCUAGCUGUCAAAGAUGUGAGUUCUUCACACCAUCUCAUGCUCCUACGGCGAAGCACAAAACCGCCUUGGAUGCAGGAUGCAAUUGACUAUUUUCUGGAAAAUUUUGUCAUUGAAGGUGAUCAUCUUCCUGAUUUCGUUGGUGAAGGAAGUAUUGAGAUGUUUGAUAUUUCGCCUGCUGAAAGCGGCCCGGGUCGAACAGUCAUCGAAGUCCUUGAUACUUUAACAGCUGGACUUUUGGUUAUUCGUGCAGCGUCAAUGCAAACGACUGAAGGGCGACGGAAGCGACAUAUUAGUUAUCGGGAGGCUAUGCGAGAUCUGAGGGAAAGUAUUUCCCUAUAUCCAAAUUCGAGGACCUUGAUAGUGCCUAUUUUUCUCUUUGCACUGUAUGAGAUGAUUGUGAGCACUACUUCGACCGAGAAGACCUGGCGGAUCCAUUUGAACGGAUUGCUUGCAAUGAUCCACCAUAGUCACAGUGCAAAAGACAAGAGAACAGCCGCAAUGGACAAUGUGUCAGCAGUACGGAGAUUUACCUUAUCAGAGAAAACCGCUGAUCUUCCAGCUUUCCUCAUCUCACAACCCUCUAUGGACGGUAUCCAAAAAGCCUGGUUGCUAUUAGACAUCACCAAAUUGCGCCUAAGAGAGCUCGUCACCAUUAUGAACCACUUUCGUGCUAUUGAUUAUACCCGAAAUAUGAUGAGUUUUAAAAAACUUGAUGUCGAAAAGCUUCGAGUUUCUAUCAAACGUAUGCAGAGGGAUCUUCGUCUGGUCAACGACUUGAUUCCGAAAAAGCAUCAUCCUGUUAAGAUCAAUGCUACUGGCUGCCAUUGUCCCUCAGAUCUCCCACCAAGCUAUAAUGGCUACUACGAGGAAUCAUAUUCAGACAGUCUGAUAUGCACGAAGUGGAAUGAAUAUAGAACACUGAUAUUGAGAAUUGGUGAUUUUCAACUGAGAACAGGGUGAUUCUUAUACGCAGGCACAAGUCGACCGAAUACAAGAGAAACUAAAAGCCUGACUCAGAUGAUGAAGGAAGCUGCCGAUGGGAUUUGUGCAUCAGUGGCAUACCUCAAUGGGCAAUCGAGCA